CCAAACGGCAGCAGCUGUGAGUCUCUGCGUCUCUCCAUGAAGAAUGGAUCAGUGUGAGGACAGAGAGGAGGGAGCCCCUCCCCCAAAGACCACCGACAGGACCCCCUCAGGACCUGGACCUGGACCAGGCAGACCCCCCAAAGCUCAGAGACCUGGACCUGGACCCAGCUGUGUUUCCAUGAAGACUGAUGACUCCAUGGACUUUCCUAUAGACUUCAAACAGGAUCGUUCAGAGUCAGUGAUCCAUCAGAGACCACAGUCCUCUGGACCUGAUCCUGGACCCAGUUGUGUGUCCUUCAGCAGUGACUGGUCCAUGGAGAACCGACCAGUCUUUUCCACAGAGACAGUGGAGCAGCAGAGCUCAGAGGUUCCCACUGGUCUACAGGAUCAGACUCAGCUGGACUCCAUAUUUAAGCUGCUGGAGGAGAACAUCUGCACUUUUGUCAAGAACGAACUGAAGAAGUUCCACCAGCUUCUGAGUACAGAUUACCCAGAAUCCUUAGAGAAUCUGAGUGAUGAGGAUGAAGAGCAGAGGAGGAGCUCAGAGGCUUUUCUGAAGAUCACACUGAACUUCCUGAGGAGGCUGAAGCAGGAGGAGCUGGCUGAGCGUCUGCACAGCAGAAGUCGGUUUGGAGUUCAGCGGAAACUGAAACGUAACCUGCAGCAGAAGUUUGAGUGUGUGUUUGAGGGGAUCGCUAAAGCAGGAAACCCCAAAACCCUCCUGAACCAGAUCUACACAGAGCUCUACAUCACAGAGGGAGGGGCUACAGAGGUCAACCAGGACCAUGAGGUCAGACAGAUUGAAACAGCAUCCUGGAACCCACACAGACCACCAACAACCAUCACAUGUGAAGACAUCUUUAAAACACCACCUGACAGAGAUCAGCCAAUCAGAACAGUGCUGACAAAGGGCGUGGCCGGCGUCGGGAAAACAGUCUCCACACAGAAGUUCAGUCUGGACUGGGCUGAAGACAAAGCCAACCAGGACAUCCACUUCAUAUUUCCAUUCACCUUCAGAGAGCUGAAUGUGCUGAAACAGAAGAAGUUCAGCUUGGUGGAACUGGUUCAUCACUUCUUCACUGAAACCACAGAAGCAGGAAUCAGGAUCUUUGAAGACCUCCAGGUGGUGUUCAUCUUAGACGGUCUGGAUGAGUGUCGACCUCCUCUGGACUUCAACAACACUCAGAUCCUGACUGAUGUUACAGAGUCCACCUCAGUGGAUGUGCUGCUGAUGAACCUCAUCAGGGGGAACCUGCUUCCCUCUGCUCGCCUCUGGAUAACCACACGACCUGCAGCAGCCAAUCAGAUCCCUGCUCAGUGUGUUGACUUGGUGACAGAGGUCAGAGGGUUCACUGACCCACAGAAGGAGGAGUACUUCAGGAAGAGGUUCACAGAUGAAGAACAGACCAACACAAUCAUCUCCCACAUCAAGACGUCACGAAGCGUCCACAUCAUGUGUCACAUCCCAGUCUUCUGCUGGAUCACUGCUACAGUUCUGGAGGACGUGUUGAAAAUCACAGACAGAAGACAACUGCCCAAGACCCUGACUGAGAUGUACAUCCACUUCCUGGUGGUUCAGGCCAAAGUCAAGAACAUCAAGUAUGAUGGAAGAUCUGAGACAGAUCCACACUGGAGUCCAGAGACCAGGAAGAUGAUUGAGUCUCUGGGAAAACUGGCCUUUAAGCAGCUGAAGAAAGGAAACCUGAUCUUCUAUGAAUCCGACCUGACAGAGUGUGGCAUCGAUAUCAGCUCAGCCUCAGUGUACUCAGGAGUGUUCACAGAGGUCUUCAAAGAGGAGAGAGGACUGUACCAGGACAAGAGGUUCUGCUUCAUCCAUCUGAGUGUCCAGGAGUUUCUGGCUGCUCUUUAUGUCCAUCAGACCUUCACCAACACUGGAGUCAAUCUGCUGUCAGAAGAACAAACAUCUGUUUGGUCAAAACUAUCAAAGGAUUCCUAUGUCCAGUUGUACCAGACCGCUGUGGACCAGGCCUUACAGAGUCUAAAUGGACACCUGGACCUGUUCCUGCGCUUCCUCCUGGGUCUAUCACUGCAGACCAAUCAGAGUCUCCUACAAAGUCUGGUGAAACCAACAGGAAGCAGCUCAAAGACCAAUGAGAAAACUGUUGAGUACAUCAAGAAGAAGAUCAGUCAGAAUGUGUCUGUGGAGAGAAGCAUCAACCUGUUCCACUGUCUGAAUGAACUGGAGGAUGGAUCUUUGAUGGAUCAGAUCCAACAGUACCUGAGAUCAGGACGUCUGUCCACAGAAAAACUGUCUCCUGCUCAGUGGUCAGCUCUGGUCUUCUUCUUACUGUCAUCAGAAAAAGACCUGGAUGUGUUUGACCUGAAGGAAUACUCUGGUUCAGAGGAGGUUCUUCUGAGGCUGCUGCCAGUGGUCAAAGCCUCCAACAAAGCUCUACUCAGUGGCUGUAACCUGUCAGACAGAAGCUGUGAAGCUCUGUCCUCAGCUCUCAGAUCCCAGUCCUGUAGUCUGAUACAUCUGGAUCUAAGCAACAAUGACCUGAAGGAUUCAGGAGUGAAGAUACUGUCAGAUGGACUGAAGAGUCCAGGAUGCAGACUGGACACUCUCAGACUCAGUGGCUGUAACCUGUCAGAGAGAAGCUGUGAAGCUCUGUCCUCAGUUCUCAGAUCCCAGUCCUGUAGUCUGAUACAUCUGGAUCUAAGCGACAAUGACCUGAAGGAUUCAGGAGUGAAGAUCCUGUCAGAUGGACUGAAGAGUCCAGGAUGCAGACUGGACACUCUCAGAUUGUCAGGAUGUCUGAUCACAGAGGAAGGAUGUUCUUCUCUGGUCUCACCAGGGCUCAGUGGAUCUGGGAUGGACCAGGACUCUGAUGGAUCUGGGGUGGACCUGGACUCUGGUGGAUCUGGGGUGGACCUGGACUCUGGUGGAUCUGGGGUGGACCUGGACUCUGAUGGAUCUGGGGUGGACCUGGACUCUGGUGGAUCUGGGGUGGACCUGGACUCUGAUGGAUCUGGGGUGGACCAAGACUCAGUGGAUCUGGGACGGACCAGGACUCAGUGGAAACCAAAGUUUAAAGUUUGA